AUGGAGGGUAGCGGGCAGCACCCGGCCCCCGCUGCCCAAAAAAAAACCCAGGGUGAGUGCCUGCAGCUCCUGCUGCGUCGCAGCCGGGAGGCCAAAAACUGCGCCUAUUGCCCCUACAGCCGCUUCCCGGUGGGCGCCGCCCUGCUCACCGCCGGUGGGGAGAUCUUCUCCGGGUGCAACGUGGAGAACGCCUGCUACAGCCUGGGGGUGUGCGCCGAGCGCACCGCCAUCCAGAAAGCCGUCUCGGAGGGGCACACCAGCUUCAGGGCCAUGGCCAUCGCCAG